UGUACAACACAGUCCCACUGUGGAGCAGCAGACCGGGCUGGCAUUAAGGACUCCUCCGGGCUUCACUUCUGUGUCAUUCCAUCACAGCGCUGCACCGACACCGUCUCAGCCUGUGAGCCGUCGCUCAUCUGCCACUUGGAGAGGAGCCGCGUUACCAACUGACGGCCCUCCUGAAACCGAGCUAAUCAGACAUUAGCAAAGUGAUGAGCAGGGGCCUGUGUCUGGCGGUUGCCUAGCUAAGAUCGCCGACAGGACACGCCGCUUCAACCAGCGCCGAGAGCCGGUAGACUCCCGCCAGUAAGCUCUUCAUCAGCUACGCGAAGACUCCCCGAGUCCGCCGCUCGCCCGGACCGGGACUGCAUGCUUGCUUCGUGUGGAGUUGGACUAAGUAGCUAGCUCGCUAACGCCCAGCGUGCAGUUUGAACACAAGCAGCAGAGAGACACCGGCCGCCGCCAGCUUCUCACUUCCAGCGUGUCUUCUGCGCCAUGGGCUUGCUGUCACAGGGCUCCCCGCUGAACUGGGAGGAAACCAGGAAGCAUGCCGACUACAUCCGAAAGCACGGCAUCCUCCAGUUCCUCAACAUCUACAACAAGGUGAAGGACCGGCAGAAGGACGUACUGAAGUGGGGCGAUGAGGUGGAGUACAUGUUGGUGGAACUGGACGACAAAGAUGAAAAGGUUCGGCUUGUCCUGAAUGGCGGGGACGUGUUGGAAACUCUCCAAGAACAGGGGGAAAAUAUAAACCCCAAUCACCCCACACUCUGGAGGCCAGAGUACGGCAGCUACAUGAUCGAGGGGACUCCAGGACAGCCGUACGGCGGCACCAUGUCCGAGUUCAACACUGUGGAGGGCAACAUGGGGAAGAGGCGGCGAGAGGCGUCGUCUGUCCUCAACAAGAACGAAACCCUGUGCACCAUCACCUCAUUCCCAAGAUUAGGUUGUCCAGGUUUCACCCGACCGGAGCACCGGCCCACUCCUGUCGAAAAAGGAGUGUCGAAGUCACUGUUUUUCCCCGAUGAAGCCAUCAACCAACACCCAAGGUUCAGCACCCUUACCAGAAACAUACGUCACAGACGAGGGGAAAAAGUGUGUAUAAAUGUGCCAAUCUUCAAAGACAAGCGUACUCCAUCUCCGUUUGUGGAGGAGUUUCCCGAGGACGACGGCGAAGGAGCGCAGGCCGCCCUGCCCGACCACAUCUACAUGGACUGCAUGGGUUUCGGCAUGGGAAACUGCUGCCUGCAGGUGACAUUCCAGGCAUGCAGCAUUGAUGAGGCAAGGUAUCUUUAUGACCAACUCGCUACAUUCUGCCCUAUUGUGAUGGCGCUGAGUGCGGCCUCACCCUUCUACAGAGGCUUCGUGUCGGAUAUCGAUUGUCGCUGGGGCGUUAUUUCUGCCUCGGUGGACGACCGGACGCAGGAGGAGCGCGGGCUGAAGCCUCUGAAAAACAACAAAUUCCGGAUCUUCAAGUCGAGGUAUGACUCGAUUGACAGCUACUUAUCCAGCUGCAGCGAAAAGUAUAACGACAUCGAUCUGACGAAAGAUGAGGAGAUCUACAAGCAGCUGCUCGGAGCAGGAAUCGACAAACUGCUGGCCCAACACAUAGCUCACCUCUUCAUCCGAGACCCGCUCUCGGUCUUUGAGGAGAAAAUCCACCUGGAUGAUGAGAAUGAAUCGGACCACUUUGAGAACCUCCAGUCGACCAACUGGCAGACGAUGAGGUUUAAACCUCCGCCGCCCAACUCCGACAUCGGCUGGAGGGUCGAGUUUCGCCCAAUGGAGGUGCAGCUGACAGACUUUGAAAAUGCAGCAUAUGUGGUUUUUGUUGUCCUGCUCACCAGAGUGAUCCUGUCAUACAAACUGGACUUUGUCAUCCCGCUGUCAAAGGUGGAUGAAAACAUGAAGGUCGCACAGAAGAGAAACGCCGUGCAGGAGAGCAUGUUUUAUUUUCGUAAGGACAUCUUUAAAGGCUGUAACCCGGGGCUGGACGGCACCGCCUCGGCUCAGAACGGGCUGGAGACAGACGGAGGGAACGAGGAGUACACGCUGAUGAGCAUCGACACCAUCAUCAACGGAAAGGAGGGAGUGUUUCAAGGCCUCAUCCCGAUCCUUAACUGCUACCUGGAGAACAUGGAGGUUGAUGUGGACACCAGGUGCACCAUACUGAAUUAUCUGAAGCUCAUCAAGAAACGUGCCUCAGGCGAGCUGAUGACCAUGGCCAAGUGGAUGAGGGAGUUUGUGGCCAAGCAUCCGCAGUACAAGCAGGACAGCGUCGUAUCCGACAAGAUCAACUACGACCUGUUCAGGAAGUGCGACCGGAUCGCCAAAGGGGAGGAGCAGUGCCCCGAGCUCAUCGGAAACCCGGUGAACAAGUUCAAAUGAGGCGACGGCGGCACACGUGUGAUGAAAAGACCAAACGCGAGGGUCACAAUGGGGAAAAAAAGGUCCAAUCGAGAGAAUGCAAAAGAGCAUGUGUGUGUUGAAAAGAAACACACCUGCAUCCAAUAUAUGUAUAUAUUCUGUAUGAGAUUUUUAUGAUUACAAAAUUAUUUUGUUAGGAUUACGACAUGAAAAGGCUGUGUCAUAGAAGAUCAGAUGUGUAUUUAUUUUUGUCUGGAAAUUAAGCAUAUCUGUGUGAGAAUGUAUAUGUAGCAAAGGGCUGUACAGUAGUCGGCUUUUUAAUCUUGCGUCUUGUAAAUACUGUCCUUUCUGCUCUUUUAAGCUUUAGCAUCCUUUCCGUGCCAGGUGCAGGCUCUAGCACAUUUGGUUGAGAUCUUCUAUUCGUUUUUUUUUGCAUUUAGGGGACGUGUUUUGCUUUGCUCUUCUGACUUUGUAGUGGGACCUUGAAGUUAGUGUUGCAUUCAAGUCGAAAUGGUAAACCAUCGUUUGAAAUGUGAUGCUGUUUCAAAUAAAUCUAUACAACA